UUGAAGAGGCCCAAAAUCGAGGCGGGAAAGGCAAACAAACUCAAAAUUAAAAAGGUAGUUUACUCACUCUACCACCACUCAGUUCUCCGAAAUUCCUAACCCUCGCCGGAGAAAUGAGAGGCGCAAGUCAUCGCCGCCCAACAAACUCUUUCAACCCACAGCCGACGCCCGAUCACCACCGCCAUCAAUACGCCACCAACACCUCCCGCGACUCCGAUGCCAGUUUCGCCAGCAGUCGCCCAUCAUCCAUCGGCGUUGGACGCACCGCCGACCCAUAUACUGAGAAGGCCCACCAGGCCUCCGCGAUUCGCGCAAUCAACGCUUACCUCUCCUCGCACUCCUCCAAACUCUUGCCACCUAACUCAACCCCCUCCGGUAAAGAUAUCACCGAAACCCUAAAAUACCUCCUCCACCAACUCGAUUACGAAUCGACGAAACUUGAGGAUGAUCUAGCUUCCAUCUUGAAAUCCCUCAAUUGCCCCUUCAAAUUCAACAAAUCUACACUCCGUGCCCCCAAUACUCCUCACAAUUGGCCUUCCUAUGUAGCCAUAAUCCACUGGCUAGUCCAGCUUGCGAUGUAUAGAGAGGAUUUGGCGGCCAAGACGGGAUCUUUGGUCGAAAACAACAGCAUGUUUAUGUAUGCUUUGGAUAGUUACCUGAAUUAUAUUCGCGGCAAUGAUGAUUCGGUGUUGGAAUUGGAUAACGAAUUUAUGGGGAAGCUAGGGAAAGAGAGGGAGUCCGUGUUGGAAAAUGUUAGGGUUUUGGAAGCGAGUCUGAAAGAAACUGAGGCAAAAGCGGAGGCAUUGAGAGCAGGGCCUACAGAAAGGGAGAGGUUGGAGAAGGAGAGGAGUGUUUUGGAGGAGGAUGUGAAGAAGUUCCAUGCUAUGAUUGGAGAGUUCACUCAGGGGAUCGAGGUGUUGGAGAAAGGGUUGGAGGAGAAAAGGAAGGAAAUGGAGACAAAAGUGGAGGAGAAAAAGAAGCUCGAUGAGGAGAAUGAUGAGUUGAAGAAGAGGGUGGAGGAGCAGAGUUUUAAUCCGAGGGAUGCUGAGAGGAUGAAGAGGGAGUUGCAGGUAGUGGAUAGAGAUAUUGUGGAGGCUGAGGCUUCAAGGAAUGCUUGGGAGGAGAAGAUGUGGGAUCUUGAUGCUACAAUUGCACAUAAGUUUAAGGAGAUUGAGGCACUUGCUAUGGAGUGUAACCAGGCUACUAGGAGGUUAAAGCUUGGAAAUGGCUAUCAAUAUGUGCCUAAUGCCAAUGGGUCCACAGCUGCUGAGAUCAUGGGGCUUGACUACAAAACCACAAUUAAGCCUGGGCUUGAAUCCUUUGCUGCUGCUGUAAAGGGAAGUUCUAUGGCAAAACUGGAAGAGUUGAUUUUGCUUCAAAAACAGUCAUCAGAAUUAGCUGCUAAGAUUGAGGGAAAAAGAAAUCGUACCUCCACACUUCAAUCGCAUAUUGAUGAAAUGGAAGCUCAGUUGAACUUGUCAAGGAAAGAAACAGAAGACAGCACUUCUAGAUGUGCAGCUGAAGCUAAAAAGCUCGUAGAGGAUGUUCAGAUAGAGGCUCAUAACCUGGAUGUUUUGGAAAGAGAAGCAGCAGAAAUUUUAAAGGCUGCCGAACAAAAGUUGCAGGAGGCAAUCAAAACAAGUGAAGAAGAAAUUCAGAUGCAGGCCGUUGAACUUCUUGCUCUGGUUGAUUCAGUGUCAAAAUGCAAAGAACAAAUCGAGUCCAAAAUCUCAGAGUCGAAAAUGAAGUUAUCUGAAACCGUGGUUGCUGUAUCAAAUGCUUACAAGGGUUCCUUAUCAGCACAAUUUGGUAUCAAUCUUGAUAUCAACCAUUAAUUUAAAAGGAAAUAUGUAAGCUUUUAUACAAUCUAAGAAGUAAAAUUGUAACCUUUUGGUUUGUGCUGUAAAUUUAUUUCACCGUUGAUCAGAACAAGGUUGUGGUUUUAUUCCCAAGUAUUGUAGGUGAGAGUUGAGUUGUUGGAUUGGUACCAUAGGAGACAUUGUUGAGUGUUAGUCUUGUAUGUAAAGCGAUGUUUCCCCUUUGUUUUGGACUAAAGAAGUAAAGAUAGUGUCUGCAUCAA